GUGCUGCUCCGCCUUGGUGGAGUUAGGUGGUGUCCCGGGCCGUCCCGGACUUGUCCGUGUGGCGGGGUUGGGCUCCCACCCUUGUAUUUUUUUUGGGGGGUGCCAGUCGCGCCAUCUGGUGUUUGCCGUCGUGGUUUGUGUUUUCUACAUGUGCUGGUGGUGGUUGCGCUUUUGUUUGCGGUGCCGCGUGUUGCGCUCUGGCUUUGGGCCUCUGUCUCCCAUUGGUUGGGUUGGGUUGGGGUGGCCGCCUCGGCCGGG